CCAAUCGCUCUGCUUGAGGCGAGACUUGUCAUUUCAUUCAUGGCGGAUGACCACGAAACGCUGAUCGAGUCUGACACGGCUCCCGCUGGCACUAUCUUCCUAACAGAAGGUUCUCACAUCUGCGACGGGCACCACGCUUUCGACCAACUCAAGCACGAGCAGUCCUUCGCCGACAGCUGCAUCGACUACGACGAGGAGCUGAGCAAGGCCCCGCCCCUCCAGGACCUCUACAGGUACCAUGUGUUCUUCUCCCACUGUGCCGCGGACAUCGACUGGGUCACGGACACGGUGAGGAAGCUGCAGGCCGCGCCCUUCUGCUACAAGUGCUACUACCUGUGUGAGAAGUUCAAUCGCAGGCUGAGCAUCGUCCAGAACCUGCUGUGUGCUGCCAUGCUCAGCGAGAGGGUGGUGUUGGUGCUGACGCGGAGUUUCCUGGAGGACACAUGGCCUGAUUUCCAGGACAUUCUCAAGAGUCUCACGACCACCAGUCUCCACAAACAACGAAUGCUAGUCGUCCUCUUGGAAGAGUGUCCCAUUCCCGAACAGCUCGAACAUUUUGGUUUUAUCGAUGCUAAGGAUCCGGAUUUCUUUCACAUUUUUACAAGCAGGUUAAAAAGUGGUCGUCUCCCUCGAAGCAGCCAAUCAAUAAGCAGUGACCUGGCCGCCGUAUUCUCACCUAGGGCAAAUCUGGCAAACGGUCACGUGCUAGCCACCAUUGUCCUGGAGAUGCGUGGCUAUUGGAGGACCAGUCUCGUGGUUGCAUCUAAGGAUGACGAAGUGCCCACUGCUCUACGGUGGCAUGGAAUAAAUAUGACUCAGGAUGAGUACUGGGAGUUGGUGCAGACGGUAGCCCAGGCUCACGGCGGAUCCACUCAGCUUCCGUGGAUCUUCAGCAUCCAGCCCGUGCUCGUGUUGCUGUCCGCCUUUGGGAUGUGGACCCUGGCCUUCAUCACCGUCAUCGUUGUUCUUGUGGACGAUUCCUCGGGAGGUAUGUUCCCUUCUGAAUCGGCCAAACGAAUUAUUGUACCUCUCCAUAAGAAGGGCAAUGUUAACUGUGUGAACAAUUAUAGAGGAAUAGGCUUACAGUUGUUUUCCUUUAAUAACCGACAGCUUCACUUUCUGUACUUCAACGUUGAAGACUGCGUGACGGACGUCAACCUUCUGAUAUGCAGCUGUCUGAAUGAGGACUCUGAUAAACUACUUCAGCUGAUACAGUUGUACACACGGGACGUCAACUACAUCAGUCAGGUGUCGCUAGCUGAACGUCUGACGGUGAUGAUGGCGGCGCCAUACGCCUUGAAGCUUGCGUGCUUUCUCCUGCCGUACUCUGCGCAGGAGCGCCACACCAACAAACUGCUGUGCCUUUGUCAGUUCACAGAGGAAUGUGUGUCGUCGUUCAUCCACUUCUAUGCCAAGGAAGACGUCGCAGGACUUGUCCAACUCUUCACAAUCAGUUUAUUUUGUGCCACGCCGGCUAAGGAUAUACGAAGGAUAUUUGACAGCACGGUACCCGUCUGACGAUCGGUGGAGACGCUAAUUGGGUCUAGAGAAUUCGGCGUCACGUCUGCCAAAUUAAUGUCCAGAUUUUAAUUUAUUUUUAAUGUGCUUGGCCAUGAUUCCGCUGCUGCCGUAUCCUGUUAACUUAAGAGUUACAACUAACCUCAUUGGCAACCUUUCUACAAACUGAGGCUGAAAUGGCAAUUUAGGGCAUCAGGACUGGAAUGAAAUAUAAUAGAUGUUUAACGACACCCAGCACGAAGGACGGGGAUGGA